AUGUCCCAACAACAUCCCCCUCACACCCUCUCAAACAUCGGACCCAUGCACGCCCCCCAAAUCGACCCCUCAACGCCAAAGCUCUGCAUAGCCAACAAAGUAAACAUCAAAGUCUGCGACCCACAAGACUCCUUCGCCCCGUCAAUCAUCCACGAGCCCCCAAUCAUCUACGAAGUUCAAAGCUACAACAAAUCCGACAAACGGACCAGCGCCGUCGUCCUCGUCUCCGGCGCCGGCGGAGGUGUCUCCGGACCAGCAGGUAACAUACACCAACCCUCCAACCCUACCCUACCCCCAACCUCCUUCGAAACCAACCUACACAGACCCACUAACAGCCAACCGCACGCAGGAAUCUACCCCUCCCUCGCCGACAAGAUCGCCCUCCUCCUCUCAAUCCCCUGCAUCCGCCUGGACUACCGCACGCCCUCCGAAACAACCACCUGCACCGCCGACAUCCGCGCAGCCCUCGACCACCUGCACGCGCAGUACGGCGCCCAAAAGUUCCUGGUAGUCGGCUGGUCCUUCGGCGGGAGCCCGUGCUUCAGCGUCGCGGCGCAAGAGCCCGAGCGCGUGCUCGGCGUCGUUGCCAUCGCGUCCCAGAUCGCCGGGACGGAGGCCGUCAGGGCGCUGAGUCCGCGGCCGCUCCUGCUGCUGCAUGGGGAGGCAGAUAGUGUGCUUUCGCCGUCGUGCUCGGAGACGCUGUUUCAUCAGUAUGGGGAGAAGGGCGAUAGGCGUAUUAGGCUGUUUCCUGGGGACGAUCAUGGGCUUACGGGGAAUGCGGCGUUGGUUGAGCGGAAGAUUUUUACUUUUGCGGCGAGGUGUCUUGGGUUAGAGGAUAUUGUGGAUGCGGAUGUGUUGGAGCAGGCGGGGACUGAUUUGGUGCAUGGGAAGGAGGAGAGGCUUAAGGAGAUGGUUCGGGGGAGGGAUUUGGUGAAUGGGGAGAGGUUGUUUUAG